CACCAAUUGUACAAAAAAAAAGAAAAGAAAAAAGAAAGAGCUGUACAAGCUUAAUGCAUUCUUGAUUAGGGCUUAACAAACCCGCAUUUAUUCCGAGCUCCUGAAUGUGUCGGGCAGUACCAUAGCGCCUCCUCCCAACGCACACCUGACCUUCUGCUGCAGAGGCCGGGGGAAUAAAACAAUUACCUGCAGCUAGGUAAACCACAAAUGCUUUGUGAAAGCCUUCACACUGCGCUUUCACACAAAAAUGCCAAAAUGUCACAAUCUUCAAACUUUACGGAUACAACACACCGUUAAGAGUUUUUGCCAUGUGUGAUGAAGGUCACCUGCAAAAGUCAAAACAGGAUUUUCAGAAUAAAAUAAGUUUCGUAAGGCCUACGUGGAAGAAAAGUCUGUUAAAGAUGCCUUUGAAAAGACAGCUGAGCAAUGCGUCUGAGAAUAAUCUUCUUCCGUGGACAUCUAUGACUUCAGACCACAGAGAGGGAAUUUAUUUCAGAACAUUAAUCCCACAAGAAAAUUGCAAAUCCUAAAUCCUGCGAGACAAACACAACUGUACAAGGAGAGAAAGGAGAAGCACUCCUCUCAUUCUGCAUCCCAGUCUCUCCACUGAGCCUCAAGUUAGUGGUGACUGGGUUUGCAGCAGGCAGUAUAUGAAGCAGAAGACCACAUUCGGUACUUUGAUGAUGGUAAACGUCCUAUCCGGGCCUGACCUUUGACCCCUUCCCCUCCCUGAGAAGGACACAGUUUCCCUGGCAUGUAACAAAAAAAGUUAAGUUAAAAAGUGCGCGGAAUGAGACGAAACGUUUUUAAAACAGCACUGGGUGAAGAAGGGGUGUGAGCUGGUGGGUGUCGCUGGUGAUGUCACACCUCCCAGACAGCCAGGAUUGGACCCUAAUUAGAAAGCUCGGCAGCAAAUAGAUAGGCGUCCUGCAUGAUUGAAUUCAAAGUGGCUGAUGCCAAAAUUUCUGCAGAGGCGCGGCAAAAACUGGCUGAGAGGAGCGAAGCAGCCGGGAUCAGUGCUGCUGAGAGCUGCCACGCUGCGCUGCGAACAGUCUCUCUGUGAGCUGGAGGCGAGCUGGAGUUUCUGAGGUGAUACAGGAACAGCGAGACGCGAAGCCCCUCUCCCUGGUUUGAAGGGAUAAAAAAGAAGAAGAGCCGAAAAUAUAGUCCGAGUGUUCGUCAAAGCCGAGGACGCAGCGCUAUCAGAGAGCAACGGAGGCUGACGCCAGACAAGUACAAAGGAGAAACGAGCCGCCGAGUUCAAGUUAUCCCUGCGCCUCGCUCCAACGGUCUGCGCUGAUGGCAUCCGUACUUGGAAACAACAGCCGUGCGUCGGGGGCUCAGGGCGGCCAGGUGAAAUGCAAGCUGAGAAGGAGGAGGAGGAGGCGAUCCAAGAGAAAAGUAAAUCCCUCUCCCAUCCAUCGAUUCCAGGAUCCUUUAGGGGCCCCUUCUAGGAGAGACCGACAGGCUUAUCUUGCAAAUCCUUUAAAAGAGAAAGUCAGUAUGCUGUCGGCAUUGAUCGCUCCCUUCAAGUACAUAAGCCCUGGGACCAGCAGCACAGAGGACGAGGACAGUUUAAGCACCAGCAGCGCAGAGGUGAAGGAAAACCGCAAUAUUGGUAACUUAGAGGAUCGCUCCAUAGGGCCCGGGGAGUGUCAGUCAACAAGAAGCGGGAGCUCUGGUCUGAAGAGGAAACGGCCACUGGAGGAAGACAAUAACGGGCACCUGUGUCAACUCCGUCUGAUCUAUAAGAAACUGUCCUGGUCUGAGGCUCCAAAGAACGCGCUGGUACAGCUGAAUGAGCUGCGGCCCGGCCUGCAGUACCGGAUGGUGUCUCAGACGGGCCCCGUCCACGCUCCCGUCUUCUCCAUCGCUGUGGAAGUCAACGGGCUGACCUUUGAGGGCACAGGCCCCACGAAGAAGAAAGCCAAGAUGAGGGCCGCAGAGCUGGCCCUCAAGUCCUUCAUCCAGUUCCCCAAUGCUCCUCAGGCCCACCUAGCCAUGGGAAACAUUUCAAACCCUUCAGCCGACUUCACCUCAGACCAGGCCGACUUCCCCGACACGCUCUUUAAGGAGUUUGAGUCUUCGUCGUGCUCCGACCGCCUCUCGCUCUGCAACUCAGAAACCGAAAGCGAGUUACUUUCCAGCGAGCUGCUCAGACACGGGCGGUUGCUGCGCCACACCUUGGACCUGAUGGUGCAGGCGCAGCAGAGGCUCGGUGGAAUUGUCCAAGAGCCCGAGGCCCCUAAGAGCCCCGUGGCUGUGCUCAAUGAGCUGCGGCCGGGCUUGCGCUACGCCUGUCUUUCGGAGCGAGCCGAGGGCCGACGACUGCGCAGCUUUGUGAUGGCUGUGCGCGUGGACGGGCGGAUUUUCGAGGGCUAUGGCCGCAGCAAGAAACUGGCCAAGAAUCAGGCAGCCCAGUGUGCUCUUCAGGCCCUCUUCAACAUCAGGACGGCACCCGAGGGGAGAACAGGUCUCAAAGCCAGCAGGCAGAGUUGUCCUCAUUUACCCCAGGACUUUGCUGAUUCAAUAUUCCACUUGGUGAGGGAGAAGUACCGGUCGCUGGUGGGCGGCUGCAGUCCUGCGCACGCUCGGCACAAAUCCCUGGCAGGCAUCGUAAUGACCCGAGGUCUGGACCUGAGGCACGCCCAGGUGGUGGCGUUAUCUACUGGCACCAAGUGCAUCAACGGAGAGUAUCUGAGUGAUCAGGGACAAGUAGUCAAUGACUGUCACGCUGAAGUCACAGCCCGACGAGCCCUGCUACGCUUCCUCUACUCCCAACUUGAACUCUUCUUGAGUAAAAGGCCGGAGGACUGGGAGGAGUCGAUAUUUGUGCACCACAAAGAGUGCGGCUACAGGUUGAGAGACAACAUCCAUUUCCACAUGUACAUCAGCACCUCGCCGUGUGGAGACGGGAGGCUCAACUCUCCAUACGAAAUCACCGCUGACCUGCACAGCAGCAGACACUUAAUGAGGAAGCAUCGGAGUCACCUGCGGACCAAAAUCGAGUCGGGCGAGGGGACGGUGCCGGUGCGUUGCCGGGGACCCGCCCAGACCUGGGACGGUGUCCUUCAGGGUGAACAUCUCAUCACCAUGUCCUGCACAGACAAGCUCACCAGAUGGAACAUCCUGGGCCUGCAGGGGGCAUUGCUGAGCCAUUUUGUGGAACCAGUGUACCUGCAUAGCAUGACCGUUGGCAGCCUGCGUCACACGGGCCAUCUGGGCAGAGUUCUGAACCAGCGUCAGGAGCGCCUGGGCCCACUGCCUGCCACAUACAGACGCAACCAGCCCCUGCUCAGCGGCUUGAGCAGUGCCGAUUAUCAGCAGCCGGGGAAGGCGUCAUGUGUGAGCGUCAACUGGACGUUGGGUGACGCACAGUUGGAGGUGGUCAACACCGCAACUGGACGGAGACGAGACUCAGGGACACCCUCGCGUCUCUGCAAGCACGCCCUGUUCACCCGCUGGAACAGAUUGUACCGCAAGUUGGGGAUCCACGCGUCCAGCUCGGCGGACCGCCAGCUCAUGUACGGCGAGGCCAAGAUGGCGGCGCGCCCUUACCAGACAGCGAAGCAGCAGUGGUUCAGGUCUCUGCAGGAAAUGGGCCUCGGCACCUGGGUCAAAAAACCCCCAGAGCAGGAGCAGUUCCUGCUGUCGGACUGAGUGAGAGAGUGUGUGUGUGUGAGUGUGUGUUUGUUUAACCAUCUCUUUUUUUUAGGGUCCAAUGAGUCUAUGUUUCACAACCCAGUUUAACCUCUAAACUCAAGGCUGUCAGCCCAGCAUGUGUGUGUGUGUCUGCAUUUCAUUCUACACGUACACCCAGGACGACAGGCGGAAGGUUAACUGGACGGCUGAAAAGAAACGGGACACGAGGGUGGAGUUGGUGUUCUUUAAGCACACAAACACACGAGUUUAAGCAAACACCACCUAAAUGUGACACC